AUGGCUGCUGUGCUAGUCCACUCCCCCAGUCAGUACUGCCUGCAGUUCAUCCAGGCAGACUUACCCGAGUUCCUGUUUGAGCGCUUUAGCAGCAGCAGCGAGGCCAUGCUGUGGUCGACUUACGGUUGCCUGCUCUUACUGGCUGAGGAGCCACUGUUCUUUUCCCAGUGUCAUACAGUCUAUGGCAUCGAGCCUCUGGUGCGCAGCUUGAAGGACGUCUUGAAGUUGACAAACCUAGAAGUCCAAAAACAAGGCCUCCAGCUCCUCACUGUCAUCCUGGAUAGGCAGCCUGCAGCAGUGCGUCUCUUCCCCACUAGCGUGGGCUUUGUGGGUGUGGCGGAGGUGGUGCUGUCGGGUGUGUCCUCCCCCUGCCUGCGGGUGGCCACGCAUGCAGCAAGGGCCGCCACUGCCCUCCUCAGGCUACACCACCAGUCAAGCCCUGUGCAGUACAAAGAGCUGAAGAAGAUAGUUCGGGCGAUUAUCACCAGGUGCACUGAGUUACCUGUGCCCAUUACGACACGUCAAAGGACCACAGGUGUCCCUGGUCCCGAGCCCACCAACCAGGCCUCAAAGGCAGGGAGCUUCCUCCUCCAAGCCCUGGUCUGCUUCCACGAAGCCUGCAGGCUUGCAGAUCAGUGUUCCUCUGAGCCCAGCCUGAAAGAGAACGCUUUCACGGCCCCCAACCAGCAGAGGAAGGACUCUCUGGAGGCCCUCUGUCUCAGCCUGCUGCGCUGCUGUGAUACUGUCCUCAUCCCUACUGUCACUAGGCUGUGUGAGCAGGCUCCCAGUAGCCAGGUGCUGCAGCACUUCUUCUGCAUCCUCUCCUACCAGUUCACCCUGCUGCCCUCCCUCAUGCCGCUCUUCGCCCUCAAACUGGCCUCGUCUGGUUUCAUUAGGCUGGUAUUGGAGCACAAGGCAGCUUUGUGCUCUGGAAACAGGAAUUCAGGUCUGAAUGCUUCCUGCUGUGACUUCCUGCUAAAUCUCUGUAAAUGUCUCCUCUCUCAACCAGCCAGUUCACAUCAGCAGGAUGUGGAGGAGCAGUUGGGGCUGCUGGAGUCCUGUCUGCCGUGGCUGUGCAGCCGCCUGGCGGAGUGGCCGUCGCUGCUGACGGACGCCUCGGGGACCCCCAGAGCCGCCCAGCACGGCCUCAUCAGCCUGCUGCACAUCGCCCUGCUGCACGGGGACCGGCUGCUCCCUGAGCCCGUGCUGUGCUCCUGCGUGGUGGCUGUGCUGAGCUCCAUGCCAGAGCCGGGGGACGCGCUGGUGCCCCUCUGUGUGCUCCGCUCAGCCCUCUACCUACUGGCCGUCUCCCACGACAACAGCCCAGAGCUGGACUGGGCUCCUCUGAAGAGCAUCAGCAAGGCUCUGUCCCCCUGCCCCUUCGCCGCUCUGUACACACACCACCCAGCCCUGCUGCACUUCGUCUUCCGCUACCCCGAGCUCUCCGAGCCCUUCGGCCAGCCGCUCCUCACACUCUGGCUCUCCCAUCAGCCCCAGGAGGACCAAGCGGAGCCGGCGCUGGGGGUCGACCCGUCCUCCUCUUCGUCCUCCUCUUCGCCAUCCUCUUCUUCCUCGUCCGCGCUGCAGGCCGUGCUGGACAAGAACCCUAGCGUCACCCUGACGCUGAUGUCGCUGGUGGUCAGCGGUGACGAGCGGCUGGCGGAGAGAGCCCUGGCCGAGCUGCGGCGCCUCCUGCAGGCCAGAGGGGGCUGUGACCGCGAGCUGCCCGCGCUGCUGAGGCCCGCACUGCUGCAGCUGCUCCAGAGGCUGGCCUGCCUCAGCACCGCCAGCAGCCAAGGGCCCGGGCCCUCAGCUCCUUCAUCUCUGCCUCUCGUCCUGCAGUUGCUGUGUCUGAUGCAGACGGCGCCGUCGGCGGGCAGGGAGAUGGACGGCACCGACUUCAAACUGCUCUUCCACGUGAGCAACCUUGCAGGGAAGCUGAAAGCAAGCAACAGUGAAACUCUCCUGCCUGCUCUUAACUACCUGUACUGUUGCCUUGCACUCUCCCCCCCUCACUGUAGUGACAGAGCUGUAUCCAUGUUGCUGUGUAACACUGGGCUGAUGGAGCAGAUACAGACAUUGCUGGACCUCUCCUCCUCCUCCUCUUCUCCGCCGUCCACUCUGCUCAGCUGCGCUCGUUUGCUGCUGUCCUCCCUCAUCAUCCUCCAGCACACACACUCUGCUCAGGUGCACAGGUGUGUCCGAGUGGAUCUGGGCGCCAUGGUGCAGCUCCUGAGCUGCGGGAAGAGACACGCGGACAGCCUCUCUCUGGCCUGUGUGGUGCGGCUGCUGCAGGCAGUGCUGGAUGUGGAGCUGGCCUCUCCCCUGCUGCAGCUGCAGGAGGGGGCCGUCGGGGUGAGACAGCGCCCCCUACAGCCUGUGGACAGUGCCCUGCACCCGCUGGGCUCCCACGCGGCCCACAGCCUCGUCGCCGCCCUCCACGGCCUCCUGCUGCAGAAGCAGGAGGGACUACUCAGUGUGUCUGUGAACUGUCUAAGUUCACUAAUAGGCUUCCUGCAUAAGAGAUGCCCCUCCACAGCACUGCAUGUGGCCUCUCAGCCCUGGGGACGUUUCCUGCUCUACUCGCUGCUGAACUCGGGGGAGAGUCUGCUGCUGCAUCCAGCCAUACUGGCCCUGCUCACACUGCUGCUCCAGGCUGGUAGUGGGGUGGUGCAGUGGGACCCGGAGCUGGAGCAGGUGCUGAGUGCGGUGGAGAGGACAGGAGUGGACCAGCUCAGGCCCAGUGCUGCUCACGCCCUCAAGGAGCUGCUCACACAGGUCCAGCGCUCGACCUCACUCCCUCCCCCGUCGGAGCAGCACACUCUCAGGGCCACCGCUCUGCUCCAGUCACUAGAUCGCCUCCCCAGCCCAGACACUCUGCCUAACAGCGUUCUACGUCAGGGGGAGCUGUCUUACUGUUCAUCAGAUUUCACAGUAAACACAGGGUACUACAGGGAGUAGAAAAGGAGUACCA